AUGAAACCCAAAGGAACCUUGUUGGGGCGUAACCCUCUUAGCGACGCGCCACAUCAGAACCCGAGUGUGGUGUCAAAUGGGCAAGGGCCGGGCCGUCACCCCCUUGGUGGCGCGCCGUAUCUUGAUCUGGAUACGGUGAUAAGUGAGCAAGGGUCGGGUCGCCGCAUCCUUAGUGGCGCGCUGCACCGACGCCCCGGUGUAGUGAAAAAUGAGCAAGGAUCUCCGCAUUUGACUCGACGAGUGCGGAGGGUAAGGAAGUUAGCCGAGCCUAGGAGGAUACGCUUAGGUAGCUCGAACGUAGGGUCCCUGACGGGUAAGUUACGGGAGUUAGUUGAUACAGCGGUGAGGAGGCGUGUUGAUGUCCUAUGUGUCCAAGAGACCAAAUGGAAGGGACAGAAGGCGAAGGAGGUGGAGGAUACCGGUUUCAAGUUGUGGUACACGGGGACAACUUCAAACAAAAAUGGAGUAGGCAUCUUGGUCAAUAAGAGCCUCAGGGAUGGAGUUGUGGACGUCAAGAGGCAAGGGGACCGGAUGAUCCUUGUCAAGCUGGUUGUUGGGGACUUAGUCCUCAAUGUUAUCAGCGCGUAUGCCCCACAAGUAGGCCACAAUGAGAGCACCAAGAGGCAGUUCUGGGAAGGCCUGGAGGACUUGGUUAGGAGGGUACCUAUUGGUGAGAAGCUCUUCAUAGGAGGAGACCUCAAUGGCCAUGUGGGUACAUAUAACACAGGUUUUGAAAGGGUGCAUGGGGGCUUUGGCUAUGGCAUCAGGAACCAAGAAGGAGAAGAUGUCCUGAGCUUCGCUCUAGCCUAUGACAUGGUCGUAGCUAACACCCUCUUUAGGAAGAGAGAAUCCCAUCUAGUGACGUUUAGUAGUGGUCUACACUCUAGCCAGAUUGAUUUUGUCCUCUCUAGAAGAGAAGACAGACGCGCCUGCAUUGAUUGUAAGGUGAUACCUGGAGAGAGUGUUGUCCCUCAACAUAAGCUGGUGGUUGCUGACUUUCGCUUUAGGAUCCGUGUCCAGCGGGGUAAGCGCGCCAAAGUCGCUAGAACAAAGUGGUGGAAGCUCAAGGGUGAGGCAUCCCAGGCUUUCAGGGAGAGGGUUAUUAAGGAGGGCCCUUGGGAGGAAGGAGGCGAUGCAAACAUGAUGUGGACGAGUAUGGCGACCUGCUUGUGGAAGGUCGUUGUAGAGGAGUUUGGGGUGACGAAGGGAAGUAGAAGGGAAGCUAAGGAUACCUGGUGGUGGAACGAUGAGGUCCAGAAGGUUAUUAGGGAGAAAAAGGACUGUUUCAGAUGCCUAUAUCUGGACAGGAGUGCAGCUAACAUGGAGAAGUACAAGGUGGCGAAGAAGGCUGCAAAGCGGACGGUGAGUGAAGCAAGGGGUCGGGCGUAUGAGGACCUCUACCAACGUUUAAACAUGAAGGAAGGCGAAAGGGACAUCUAUAAGAUGGCCAAGUUUAGGGAGAGGAAGACGAGGGAUGUCAACGAAGUCAAAUGCAUCAAGGACGGAGAUGAUCAGCUUCUUGUGAAGGAUGAGGCGAUCAAGCGUAGAUGGCGGGAGUACUUUGACAACCUUUACAAUGGGGAGGCUGAGAGCUCUACCAUUGAGCUAGACGACUCUUUUGAUGAUACCAGCAUGUGCUUUGGCACAAGCUGGCUUUGCUGUGUGGCCAUUUUGCACGGCAAAAGGCAUAUUUUACACAGUAAACUCUUCGCCGUGCACCGUCGCAUGGCAAAGAACCGACAGCAAAGAGUGGCUAUGCAAAGAGCCUUCACCGUACGGCGACUACAUUUUACACGUGCAUCCUCCUUUGCCGCGCGCAAGUUACUAGACACGGUAAAUAAAUUCUCUACAAAUAAAAAAAGCCCGUCGUCACCGCUGCCGGUGAGUGCAGCUGGCCGGGAGGAGGUCGCGCUGCUGGUCACGCCCACGUCGAGGAGGUUGCCCGCGUUCGCUGCCAUCGAGCCGCCAGUGAGUGCAACAACCUACUUGUUGCCGCUUGCUCGCCGCCGCCCGUUCGUUGCAGCGUGCUCGCCGCUGCUGCCACGUACGCUCGACAACAUCCACUCGCUGCCGCGACCACGCCAGCUCGGCGCCAAGCGCUCGCCGCCGCGGCCAUGUCGGCUCUCCACUGCGCGCUCGCCGCUGUGA